AUGAGCGACACUCAGCCUGCUCAACCAGAGCAACAGCUCGAAGUCCAAGCUAAGAAAACGAAGAAGAUCAUUCGCCGCAAGAAGCGUCCUGCCCGCGUCCAAGUCGAUCCCUCAACUGUGAAAACCCAGCCCCCACCGCAGACGGGUGAUAUAUUUAACAUCUGGUAUGCCAAAUGGAGUGGAGGAGAGCGCGAUCAGCAAUACGGUCUCAACGCCCACGCGCCAUACAGGGUGAACAUCGCAAACGACUCAGGAUGGACACGCGCGGAUAAAGUCCCGGGCUCUUAUUUCUGUUUGCACUUCGCCAGAGGUUCUUGCUGGAAAGGAUCGGAGUGCGAGUACCGCCACACAUUACCCACCGUUUAUGAUCUCUUUCCUUCGACCGAGGAUUGCUUUGGAAGGCAAAAACACCAGGAUUACAAGGAUGAUAUGUCCGGAAUUGGAUCAUUUUCAAGGCAAAACCGUACCCUGUAUUGCGGCAGAAUCACAGUAUCCGACGAUAUCGAAGAAGUUGCCGCUCGUCAUUUCGCAGAGUUUGGAUCUAUAGAUCGGAUUCGUGUCCUCACAGCCAAGGGCGUCGCAUUCAUUACCUAUACAAACGAGGCUAAUGCCCAAUUUGCAAAGGAGGCGAUGUCAUGCCAAAGUCUAGACCACGAGGAGAUUUUGAAUGUACGCUGGGCGACAGUGGAUCCGAAUCCGCUCGCACAAAAACGUGAGGCGCGGAAAAUAGAAGAGCAGGCUGCAGAAGCAGUACGACGGGCUCUACCUGCUGCCUUUGUGGCAGAGAUUGAGGGCCGUGACCCCGAAGCUAAGAAGAGGAAGAAGAUCGAAGGCAGCUUUGGCCUAGAUGGAUAUGAUGUCCCGGAUGAUGUAUGGCACGCUCGCACGCGCCAGCUGGAAAGUGCCGCGCCUACAGCUCAACUCCAAGCGCCCGAGGAGCCGCUCAUGCUUGAAGCAGGAUCAUCCGCUAUGCCAGAGCCCGAGCCGGCACCCGAGAGCGGUAUCUUUUCAAGUUCUACCGUGGCAGCGCUGCGAGGACUGGCAGGUGGUAAUGUGACCACGCAAGCGGCACCCCAAAGCUCUGGAGGUCCACUUGUGGCUUACGGGAGUGAUGAUGACAGUGAUUGA